GACGGUGUUAACAAAGAACGUGUGAUUUAAGGAAGAUUGGAAUGAAACUGAUCAACUCAAAACUCCACCUUUUGGACAAAUGUGAAUUAUUAGCUUUUGGCUUUAUUGACAGUACAGGGACUGAAAGCAGGGAAAAAAGGUGGCGAUGGAGGGUAGGAGAGACGUAGUGAGAAGAGCAGAGAAGCUAGUUGAAGAAUCCAUGAAAGGCAACGAUGCUUCUCAUGAUGCUGCUCAUGUUUAUCGUGUUCGUGAUCUAGCUCUCUCUAUUGCUGCUGAGGAAGGCCUCUCUUCUUCACCUGAUUCCAUGCUAAUUGUGGAACUUGCUGCCCUUUUACAUGAUAUAGGAGACUACAAAUAUGCGAGAGAUCCUGCGGAGGAAAAGGUAGCUGAACAGUUUCUUGAACAGGAAGGCAUAGAGGAGACCAAAGCAAUGAAGAUAUUGGAUAUCAUAAAACAAAUGGGAUUCAAAGAGGAGCUUUCAGGAGUCAGAGAUCAGGAAUGCUCUCUGGAGUAUGGGGUAGUGCAAGAUGCGGAUCGACUUGACGCUAUUGGUGCCAUUGGUGUUGCACGCUGCUUCACAUUUGGGGGAAGUCGGAGCAGGGUUCUGCAUGAUCCUGCCAUAAAGCCACGGUUUGCAAUGUCAAAAGAAGAGUACAUGAAUAAAGAUAAACAGACUACAAUAAAUCAUUUCCAUGAGAAGCUUUUGAAACUCAAGGAUUUGAUGAAAACACAGGCUGGACGGAAGAGGGCAGAGAAAAGGCACAAGUUUAUGGAAGAAUUCUUGGAAGAAUUCUACCUGGAGUGGAAUGGAAGGGCUUGAUAGACAUGGUAACUGAUACGGAGACUUGUGGCAGAAACUCACUUUGUAUUUAUUAUUUGUGUUCAUCUACAUUAUUCUUGGAAUAAGCAUGAGGUUAUUAUUAAGUGGAUCGAUUUCUAUUAUUAACCUGACUAAAGAACCGAACCAUAAAGUACUUACAUAGUAGGGGUGCCAUGAAAAGAUAUGGUUUGAAAUCGCAUAUCAAAUUUCCUCCGUUUGUGUCGAAAUACAUUCAAAAGUCUCAUUCUUCUAGUGUUU